AUACAGGAGGGAGAUUAGAUUAGUUAGGAGAAAACGACGAGCAAGGAUGGAGGGGAUGGAUACUACUCAUACAUCCAUCCUUCUCUCUUUCUGUAUCCAUCCCGCUCUCUCUCUCUCUCGACGAGAGAGAGAAAGUGCGAAGAUAUGCUUUCCGUCGCCCGCCGGCCCCUCUCCGCCGCCGUCCCCGUCGGCAACCUCCUCGGCAUCCACCUCUUCCAAUGCCCUGACACGGUGGGCAUUGUGGCGCGGCUGUCUGAGUGCAUCGCCUCGCGUGGUGGCAACAUCCACAGUGUCGAUGUCUUUGUCCCUGACGACAAACCCGUCUUCUACUCCCGUAGUGAGUUUACCUACAAUCCCAUGCUAUGGCCGCGCGAUGUGCUUCGCACCGACUUCCUCAAUCUGUCACAACACUUCAGCGCACAAAGAUCUACUGUUCGAGUCCCUGAUCUUGACCCGAAAUACAAGAUAUCUGUACUCGCUUCGAAGCAGGAUCAUUGUUUGUUUGACUUGCUCUAUAGAUGGCAAGAGGGAAGGCUUCCGGUUGACAUCAAUUGUGUCAUAAGCAACCAUGAUCGACUUAAAGAUAACCAUGUCAGACGUUUCCUUGAGAGACAUGGGAUCCCCUAUCAUUACCUACCGACAAGCCCAGGAAAUAAAAGAGAGCAAGAGAUUUUAGAAUUGGUUCAAGGUACCGAUUUUGUGGUACUGGCAAGAUAUAUGCAGAUAUUAUCUGAAGGCUUUCUCAAGGCUUAUGGCAAAGAUAUUAUUAACAUCCAUCAUGGUCUUCUUCCCUCAUUUAAGGGAGGGAAUCCUUCGAGACAGGCCUUCAACGCUGGAGUAAAAUUGAUCGGCGCAACCAGCCAUUUUGUUACCCCAGAACUUGAUGCUGGCCCAAUCAUUGAGCAGAUGGUUGAACGGGUGUCCCACAGAGACACGCUACAGAGCUUUGUGGUGAAAUCUGAGAACCUAGAGAAGCAGUGCCUAGCAGAAGCUAUAAAGUCGUACUGUGAGCUCCGUGUGCUACCAUAUGAAUUGAAGAAGACAGUAGUGUUCUGAUAUCUUUUGAAGGAAGCGAUUUUGUUUGUUUGUUUUUAUUUGUUGAUAAGAGGAAAUUACUACAGUACAAAAUUUUGUGGUGUUGAUUGCUUUGGUGAUAAGGAGGUGGGUGUGUGGGCGUGGCUGGACAGUGCAUUUUGUAAUUGAUUGAGUAUAACAAUACUCCAAAGCAAAUAAAAUGAUAAUGCAUAAUAGUAGUAAUUGGUAUGAAA